AUGACUUCUACUUCACAAACGUCUAAUGAAGUAAAUGGGAAGGACGCCGAUGAUGAAGAUAACGAAGAUGAAGACAAAGAAGUCAUACGGAAUAUAUAUUUGCACAUAUGUAACGAAGAGGGUAGGGAGUUUACCGGCGUCACCACAUUUCAUGGAAUGAGCGGAUAUAUUCUUUCUAAUUAUGCUGAAGGAAAUACAUUCAUGCGUCGACAUAUAGAACAUUCUAAAGUAGAUGAAAUCCUAGUAUUACUCUGCCGACCUUCAAAAGUACCAGACUUCUUGGAUGUCCGGUUAGCCCCUUCUUAUACCAAAAGGAACAGAAAGGGCAGCUGUUUAGAGAUAACUGCAAGUUCAUUCGAACUUCAGAUUUAUGUGAUUGCAGAGAAGGGAGCGUUGUUUCCUUCCGAUAUGUACAUAAUGAUUUCCUCUUCAAACUUAAAAUCCACUUCGCCAAUCUACAUUAGGGAUGGCCAUCACCAUCGAAUAUUUGUAGAGGCUUCUCAAGGGAGGAGGCGCUUUGCGGCGAUUCAAGAAGACAUAGAUUAUCCUUGCCACCCUGCCUGCAGCGAACUGCGAUGGCGCAACACAGUAUCUCACAAUCGUAUUAGCAAAGAUGUAAAAAUUUCCAUACAAUUCAGUAAAACAAAAGAAAUGCUGGUGGAAGUUAGAAAAUUGGCAAUAACCGACGUCCUAUCCCUAGUUGGAGGAGGCACAUCGCUCUUCCUCGGAUGUAGCUGUGUAACACUCAUGGAAACUUUCAUCUUUUUACUGAAGCUAGUUCUACAGUCAGUAUACAAAGAAGCGUAUGAAGGAGCUAUUGAAGAAGAAGAUGCUUCACUUGGUCAAUCAGUGGACCAGAGCCCUCCACCAAAAGCUAAGGGCUUUGAUGUGAAAGAGGAAUUAGAUGCUAUCGCUUCCACUACCAUGCUGUCGCCACCGCGAAAAUCGAUCCACUGUGUUCGUUUCCUCAGCAAGGAUGAGAACGAAGAAGGUAAUAAUCGCCCUCGACUGUACAGGCCUCACCCACCUUCCCUAGCUGAGUUAAGGACAAGCACUACCUUCAAUACACUAAACAGUCAUAACAUCGAGCGUUCCUUGAAGAAUCUUCCUAUUAGUCAAAGGCUGACAUUCGAUAGAUCCAUGGAGCGGCGCCAUCUACGACGGCAAAGCGCUAUUGAGGUUUCUGACGAAAAUCUCGAUCAGUACCUCAACGAUCCACCCAAUACACGUACACGUUCGUUCGUUGAUGAUUUUGAUAGGAAACAUCCAGCGAGAUUGAAGAUCAGACGAAUAUCCAGCGUAACUUCAAGAGGAUCUGCGUCGAGCUCACGAACCAACGUGCAUAUCGUCGAGCAUCCACGCCGUCGCAGUCAGAUCUACAAUAAGUUUAUGACCAUGAAUGAUUUUUGA